AUGGCACUCUUUUCUCAGACUAGUCAACAGGGUUUUCAGGCUUUGCUGUGGAAAUGUCGUAUGUUCUGGCCUGUUUCAAGAUGUCAACAAUUGUUUGCUGUCUCUCUCAGCAUACCCAAUAGGGGGAAGGUUAGCUUUAUGACGUCUUCCAGUACUGCAUUACCGGUCAAUCCCAGAGGAACUGAUGCCUUUCCUACAAAGAAAAGGUCUGAAAUUGAUUAUGAAGAAAAAGAGUGGGAUGAGGAAACUAAAGAAAUAACUGAAGGGAAACUUGACUUUUCUUACUCUGCUGGAACUCCAAGGAAAUGGUUAAUGAGUCAUGCUCUGUCAAGGCAUAAGUUUAGCAUUGUACAGCCUCCAGAAAAACCUUUGCAGGCUGACGAAUGGAACAGACUGAGGGAAAGCUUUCGAUCACCUGAAAUAUUUGAAGAAGUGAUGUUUAACAAUAUGGUCAGGUGCAACAGCCCUGUUGAUGUGGCUAAGUCCUUGUUGACCCAUGUGGCAAAGAGGAAUGGUGACAUUGCAUAUAAUUUGUUGCUUCAGCAGGGGCAGACUUCAGAAAUUUGUGAUGUGUAUGAUAUAAUGAAAAUCAGAUUUAGGAUUUUAGAAAGUGGGGCUUACAACCUUCUUAUCAGGGGGCUGUGUAAUUCAGAUCAAUGGAAGAUGGCCUUGACUCUUUUGGAAGAAGUAAAAAAGAUCACGAUUCCCUCGCGGACAAACUAUGAAUCCUGUAUCAAAGCAGCCGGCCGUCACCAAGAUAUGAACCUUGCAUUUGAACUUUACCAUGAAAUGUUGACUAAGGAUUUGGUCCCGUCUUUGGAUGUCCUGCAGGCCUUGUUUGACUUCAGCAGGGGUAUGAAAGGUGCUGAGUUACAAAAAGAGCUGUUUGGUAUCCUCUUAUAUUUGAGAGAGAACCAAAUAUAUCCUCACAAAACAUUUAUGCGGAGUAUAAAGCUAUGGUUUGAAAGUAUACCAGGAGGGAACUGGAGAGGACACCUGACCAGCAUCAAAGACAGUGGACAGUGCCCAGUUUGCAACCAUCAGUUGGAGGAUAGUGACCUCACCGAAGAGGAGUAUAAUAAUCUCAGAGAAAGAAUAAUAAGGGAUGUGAUACAUGGAACUGACACUUUUAGAAAGACAAGCCCACAGGAAUUUCAAGCCUUUCAAACAUUUGUGGAAAAUCGACUUCCGUUUGAUAUUGUUAUUGAUGGGCUCAAUGUUUCCCACAUAAAACCCAGAAAGAUGCAGUGUGAAAAU